AAGCAACACGCGCGGGCGUGGCGCGACGUAGUUUGCGUCGUGGCGUGAACUUGCGCGCGCGCAGGGGCUAGAAGUCUCCUGCCGGGUCCGCCUAGGCGAGGGCUGGGCUAAGAUGGCGGCGCCCGUCCUCCUGCGAGUCUCGGUGCCGCGCUGGGAGCGGGUGGCCCGCUACGCCGUGUGCCUGGCCGGCAUCGCCCUCUCACUCUACGCUUGUCACCUGGAGCGCGAGAAGGGCCGCGACCUCCACUACCGGGCCCUCUGCGACCUCAGCGACCGCGUCCGCUGCUCAGCCGCCAUCGCCUCCAGAUGGGGUCGAGGUUUUGGCCUGCUGGGUUCCAUUUUUGGAAAAGACAGUGCAAUAAAUCAACCGAACAGCGUCUUCGGUCUUGUGUUCUAUGUUCUACAAAUGUUACUUGGUAUGACGGCAAGUGCGGUAGCGGCGCUAGUCCUCAUGAUGUCUUCCAUAGUGUCGGUAAUAGGAUCCUUGUACCUGGCCUACAUUCUGUACUUUGUCCUGAAGGAAUUCUGCAUUAUCUGCGUUGUCACGUACUUGCUGAACUUCAUUCUCCUUAUCAUCAACUACAAACGACUAGUUUACUUGAACGAAGCCUGGAAGCGGCAACUCCCGCCCAAACAGGAUUAACCCCACACACAUACCCCCAUGAAAACUUUUGACUGACAGUCUGAAGACCCGACUUCCGUUUCGAGUUUAUUUCACAGUAAAAGAAGGUUUUUGUUGUUGUUAUUUUUCUUCUCCAUAUCAGAUGCUUUCCCCCAAGGAUCAUCACUGUUUUACUAACAGUGAAUGGAAAAGAACCGGGUUCUGUGGUAACCUCUGUCCAAUGAAUUCAAGGUGGCAUCGGUGGAAGUCCUAACCCAAUCAAAGACCAGCUUUAACUCUGCCGAAGGAGUUCUUAGCUGCAGAUUUGUUGCACCCUCCUACUCUGUCCUCCCCCCCAAUAUUUCAGGUUGGUAACACUUGCUAGGAAACCCCUGCAUUCUAUGUGUAAAUUCAGUUUUGGGAAUCUUUAACAGAAGAUCAUGAUAACUUUAUUCUAGACUUUAGAGGUACCGUAUGGAAAUGUUGCUGUUUACAUUAUGUGUAUUCGUAGCUAAGGGGAUUUCACUUAGAAGACUUGCUGCAACAUUGUACAUAAUGCUCAGAAGUGCUGGGCAGCAUCCGUGAGAAACCAGAAGCUUAUCACAGCUCAAACCGUUUUUUGUUCAGAAGCUUAGCAACUUGAAGAACCUUCCAAUUCUCGUUGGGAUAUUUUGUUUUUUAAUGGAGGAUGGAAUGAGCCCAUCUCUCUGGAGAAAACUGUUGCAACGAGGGAGAAUUAGUUGAGAUUCCUUCUUUUUUUCUUUGGACAUGAAAAUGGAAUUUGAUGCGGCAAGUUGUGCAUGUCUUCAGAAAGUGGCAGGACUUGAUACAGGUUCCUGUGCAACACGUGAGCUGUUUGGCGUGGCUGAUGAAAGAUCUCCUGGGAGGACACUAAGAUGGGUUUGGCCUGGGGGAAGGGAGGGUCGUGGCAUUGGGAGAGCCAUCUUCUCAAAUAGGCAACCUGUAGAAAAAGGGGAGAGCCGACCUUGCGCUCCAAAUCAAUGUCAGGCGGCCAAACAGUAUUACUGGUUUGAGGUAUAUUUCAAGCUGCUGCGUAGAAUUACAGCAUUACACUGGAUCCCAGUGACUUACUGGCAAACUGAUGCACUGAAGUCUUCUUAUGCAAGCCGGAAUGCAAUGUAGGGCAAUGUCCAAGGGCACUUAAGAGUUUCCCCUGGGCGGUUUCCCUUUGUUUCAACGAGGCUGGUGCAUAAAAUGAUUGUGACAAACUUUGUAGAGACCUCGUGGUCCCGGAUACUUUUAUACAAAAUUGGGAGUGAAGUUUAGGGUGGAUAUUGAACUCUCCCCCCGCUCCUUAGAUGAGGGGUAGGGAUUGUGUUAAAAGAAAAUCGGCAGGCCAAAUGAAUAGGCUCGGUUGAAAGGGAAGGCUUAGGAUUCCAUAACUGUUCUUGUUGGAAACUGUAUGUUCAAGCAAAAGAGCGCAUCACUGUGGGUUAUUUUCCUUCAUUCCAUGGCGUCCUGAAAUGCAGUGUUUCUUUUUCCUUUUUAAAAAAGUGCCUUCUGUCCUUAAAAAAGAAAAAAA